GCUGGGAUGUGUAGUCUAUCCGGGGCUGGGACGCCCCCUCGGAUGAAUGGGGCCUCGUCUGAUUGCGAACUACAGUUCUUCCGCGGGCAGAGUCGGUGACUGCCUUAGGGGAAGAGAGAACCGCUGCGACCCUAGAGGAGACAGCACCCCAGAACGGUGGCGAUGUGCUGUGCAGGCUUCCUGGGGUAGCGGUAUAAGCGGGUGCUUGCCUUGCACGCUCGCUCCUCUUCCCUUGCACAGGCAAUGCGCCCGGCCUUUGCGGUGGGCCUGGUGUUCGCAGGCUGCUGCAGUAACGUGAUCUUCUUAGAGCUGCUGGCCCGGAAGCAUCCAGGAUGUGGGAACAUCGUGACAUUUGCACAGUUUUUAUUUAUUGCUGUGGAAGGCUUUCUUUUUGAAGCUGAUUUGGGAAGGAAGCCACCAGCUAUCCCAAUAAGUGUCUGCAUUAAGUCUUCUGCUUCUGCUGACCAGCAUUUUCAGCUCAGCAGUGUUUUAUGGGCAGCCACGUGGAAUAGGUACUAUGCUGUAAUGGUAACCAUGUUCUUCACUGUCAGCGUGGUGAACAACUAUGCCCUGAAUCUUAACAUUGCCAUGCCCCUGCACAUGAUAUUUAGAUCUGGCUCUUUAAUUGCCAACAUGAUUCUAGGAAUUAUCAUUUUGAAGAAAAGAUACAGUAUAUUCAAAUAUACCUCCAUUGCCCUGGUGUCUGUAGGAAUAUUUAUUUGCACUUUCAUGUCAGCAAAGCAAGUGACUUCCCAGUCCAGCAUGAGUGAGAAUGAUGGAUUCCAGGCAUUUGCAUGGUGGUUACUAGGCAUUGGGGCACUGACUUUUGCUCUUCUGAUGUCAGCAAGAAUGGGUAUAUUCCAAGAGACUCUAUACAAACAAUUUGGAAAGCACUCCAAGGAGGCUUUAUUUUAUAAUCAUGCGCUUCCACUUCCUGGUUUCAUCUUCUUGGCCUCUGAUAUUUAUGACCAUGCAGUUCUAUUCAAUAAGUCGGAACUAUAUCAACUUCCAGUCAUUGGUGUGACAAUCCCCAUCAUGUGGUUCUACCUGCUCGUGAAUGUUAUCACACAGUAUGUGUGCGUCCGGGGUGUGUUCAUGCUCACCACAGAAUGUGCCUCCCUCACCGUCACACUCGUUGUGACUCUUCGCAAGUUUGUGAGCCUCAUCUUUUCCAUCUUGUACUUCCAGAACCCUUUCACUCUGUGGCACUGGUUGGGUACCCUGUUUGUCUUCAUUGGGACCUUAAUGUACACAGAGGUGUGGAACAACAUAGGGACCACGUGGAGUCAGCCGCAGAAGGAUGACAAGAAGAACUGAGGUCUGCCCGGACCAGAUUGACCAGCGCGUGUGGGUGAGGGGGCCUCUAGCCAAGGUCCGGCCAUUUCACUUUGGGUAAUGCUGAGUUACCCCCAGUAUUGAACUGACUUGUCCCAGAGAAUCCUCAGAUGGAGGGGACCUCUCCAGUUUCCGUGGCUGUCUGGACUAUGUCUGUAGACUCCAAAUAGAUAUCCCUCAACCCUAAAUUAGCAAAAUAGAAUACUUCUAUACCAUUGAGCAGCCCAUUGAUUUGCUGUUUUGGUUUUACCAGAAUAUUCAGAACUAUACUUAUUUGUUGAAUUCCAGGGCCCCAGGGUUACUAGUUUUAUAUCUGUGGUCUCAGACAAGAUCAUGCUUUGUUGCUGUCCUGAUGCUUCUCUACCAUCACAGUUACUACCAUCCUGUGGCCAUAUCUCUUUUUCCUCCUGUCCUCCCUCCACCCCUCAGCACUCCUUUGCAGUCCGUCAGACACUCCAGGCACCAUCAUCCACUGAAAUGCAGAGUGGCAAGUGAGCUGGGACCCCAGGAACAUCGGGGCAUUUUGGAAAAGUAGUUGUCCCCAUGAGCGGAGCCCUGGUGACCCCGGAGUUGACUGGCUGAUCUCUUUCUCAUAUUUCAUACACACACACACAAAUCAGGGGCUUUUCUGCACCAUCUCAGUGCAUAAUGUUAGUUAAAGAGUAAGGUUGUAUAUGGAUUGGGAAGAGAGGCUUUUCUUGACUAUGAAGCCCAUUAAUCUGUGACUAAGAUGGGGUCAGCAGCCUGGCCCAGUACAGCUGGCCCUACCCAGCACCCUCAGAGCGUCACAGCUUCUCCUGUAGGCCCAGCCGGAGUGGGAGUGUAAGUCUGUGAGAGGCUUCAGAGCCAGGAGAAUUAGCUCUGCCCAGUGAUUAUGCCAGUCACCACCACCAGCCAGGUAAAUAGAUAAGAUACAUAGUUUGCGUGGGUGUGGUGUGUCUCUCAGGUCAGAUCACAAAUACAGUUGAAAGUUACUUUUUUUCCUAUAAGAUAUCUUUAAUGGUCAUGUUGGAUAUUUGGCAAAGAGUUGUAUGUGCUGUAUUAUAUCUAGAAACACGUUUCUCUUUUACUAAUCAUUUCUUAGGUCUGCUUUUCCUCAGAAGGGAUUAUGGUACGAAAGAGGAAUGACAUCAGUAGUGUGUGCAGAAUGUCUAGUUUGUGUGCAAUUGAAAAGUGUGAAAAUUGGUGUCUUUUAUUUGUUCUUUCUGUACUUAGUCCCAGUCUCUCAUGAAAGUCAUCGGUCACUUCUCUUUUCCCUAUAGACAGAGGCCUUCAUUUAAUGCUGGGAAUGCGAUACGGCUCUCUGGGUCUCCUAGGCUUGCUCCUGGCUGUGUUUCACUGGCUACAUAGACUCUGAGGGGUCUGAGCCGGGGCAGUGAGGAGAAAUGUCACUUCUUUGGUAAUGCAAAAUGUGGGUGCUUUUUCUCCACCUAAAUCCUUGGGUUUAACAAAUUGAUUUGUUAUUCUGGACACUGACGCCUUCCAGGUAAUGAUCUGUUUUCAGAGAUGCUGAAAUAGAUGUGAACCCAUUCAUGGACUCAAAAGCUACUUGCUUUGAAAGAUGUGUUCUUUGGAUUGAUGGGGUCAUAAAUAUCAAGUGUUAGCUAUCCUCUUAAAAAGAAAACAACAAAAACUACUUUUUUUCUUGCUGCUUAAUAGAAGAAUCUGUCUCUUGGGGCUACUUGAUUGCCACAGAUCUAGAGUCUCUGGUAACUCUUAAUGGGAUAUAAUAGCCUUACCCAACAUAGUACCACCCUUUUUAUGUUGAUAGGAAAUACUACCAUUUAUAGUUAUUUGAGGUGGGCUAAUAAACAGUUUUUAGAUUCUGGUUUUAGACUGGGUUUCUCUCAGAGUGCACACCUCUCCCAGUCUUGUAGGAUAUGUAUGGAGGGGUAAUAGAGCACUCAUACAACAAAAUGAGCGCUCAGAAGAGCAGAAUGCUUGAAACAUUCUUCUAGCUGUUUUCAUCUCAAGUUGUUACCUGUCAGAAGGUAUGCUUAAUGGACACCAGUGAGUACUUUUUAAACCACUCUUUAAAAAAAAUUAUUCCCCUUGGUUAACUGAUUUUUCAAUUCAGGCUGAAUGUUUUUCUAACUCUUAUUUUUGAACAUGGCAAAUAAGCCAUUUUAUAGAGGAUCUAAUUUACACCUAAAUGGAGAACUAUUAAUUGCCUUUCCUCUUUCUCUGGGUGAAGUCCAUGGAUUUUGUGCUCCAGAGUUAAAGAGCAUAUAGUUUAUUUAUACAGAGCUUAGUAUUUAAGACAUCUGCCCUAGAGCAAAACUCGGAUCACAAAGGAUACUAGCAGAACAUUUUUGUGUGCACCUGUGUAUCUACUUAACACCUUGGCUGGUACAGCAGAUAAGGCAGGAAAAUGAUGAAAGUUUGAAUUAUAUUAAUAUCUACAUAGUCUUUAUGAAAAAUUAUAUUGUCACACUAAUGCUUUUUUCAUUUUUAUCCAUAAUUUAUUUUUUAUU